AUGUUUUCGCUUCACGCUUUACUUAUUCUUGUCCAAACUUUGGGCCCAUUUCAGGACCGUUACUGUGCCCUGAUGGCCGAGAUCGAGUUGCUCUCUGGUCUAGAUGUGUCCACGAAUGCUCUCAUAUCUGUUACACAUUCGAGUCACCAAGUAGUUUUCAAUUUGUUCUCGGAAAGUUUUCAAGGACUCGCCGUCACUUCGUUUGAUGUGCUUCUGUGGCAAGAUACCAUGCUGCGCAUGAAUUUGAUCAUGAUGCGACGGUCAUACCUCGAAGCCACCAUCACUAAGGGCGUUUGA